AUGGCAGGAAGCGAAAUUUCAGACACAACUUCAUCAAGCCUGGGUUAUGGGGGCCAUCAUGAUCCCGAUUACCCUCUGCCGUCCAUAGAAAGAGACAUAACUCCAACGUCUGAAGGCAGUGGUAGCUCUCUGGCCUCACCAAUCUAUACCCCAUCUAGUUCGCCUGGCCGUACUAUAAUCUCUGAGAGCUCUGGCUAUGAGAGUCUAAAUGGACAUCUACAAACUCUAAGGUUAGGCUCACUAACGCCGCAGGCAUCAACCUCCGGCUCAACAAACUCGACUGUUCAAGAGAGGUCAGGUACUUCGCCUACCCCAUCGAUUCGCGUCACCCCCACUCCAUCUUCUUCUUUGAUAAGCAGCAGAGGAACAGAAGAUCUAGUCGAGGCUGUUGGUGCGUUGGAAAUUGGUCAUAGCCGUCAGCCAACCCAAUCUCCAGAGCCGAACGACCUUCUGGCACACGCCUCUACAGCUACCACCACUAGGCAAAGUUUAAGUCGCCCUACCACACCAUCACGACGCCGCCGAUCUAGCUCUGGUAUUGAUCGAUCGUCACACAAGGUAGAGGAUGAGGAGCCUCCGCAGGUACUAUUUUAUGAAAGAGAGGUGCCAGCAAUCCUGACCACGGCGAGGAAUAUUACUGCAAGGCUGGCUCAAUUUUUAUCAAUAUCGGAUCUACAUCAAGAUCAGAAUUCUCGCAUUCAAAAUGCAUACCAGACAGCAAUCAGAUUAAGUACAUUUCAACCGUCUUCUGUCCGCAUAGUUGGAUUUGUCGGGGAUUCGGGUGUGGGCAAAAGCAGUCUGAUCAACUCAUUACUAGAUAGAGCUGAAUUCACACGUGCUAGCAAUAGCGGUGCUGCUUGCACAUGUGUGGUAACAGAAUACCACUUCCAUGAUAGAGAUGACUACUUCAUUGAAAUUGAAUAUUUUACGAUGCAAGAACUCCGGCGUCAGUUUGAACAGCUUCUUGGAGCGUAUCGACAACAUAAGUUUCCAGAGUCACCGACUAUGUCGGCCGCAGACCGCGAGGACCUCGGAAAAAAUGCAGCUCUUGCACAAAGCACUUUUAGAGCAAGCUUCCGAAACAAAUUGGAUGAUCACCCUGAGGUUCUUGAUACUCUACCUUUUAGCGAUGCCAUUGAUACAAUGAUGGGUUGGGUAGAGCAAGUGCUUCCAAGCUUAGGUACACAAGAAAACAGCCUGCGAGAGUCGUUCAGCGACAUCAAUCAGUGUUCCAAUCGACUGACAGUCUUGGCUUCUGAGACGGACGAAAGAGAUCAAGCAUAUUCCUGGCCUCUUAUACGGAAAUUGAAGGUGUAUCUGAGGUCACAUAUAUUGAGCAGAGGACUUAUUCUAGCUGACCUCCCAGGACUUCGGGAUCUCAAUUACGCACGUCAGAAUGUCACCGAACGGUACGUCAGGCAAUGCGACCUGGUAUUCGCUAUUGCAAGGAUUGGUAGAGCGAAGUCAGAUGCAGGAGUGAAGGAAGUGUUUCAAUUAGCUCGUCAGGCUUCACUUCCCAACAUCGCUGUAGUUUGUACGCAAUCAGAUGCUAUUGUACCGAUCCAGACAAGAAAGGACUAUCCCCGUGAAAGUAACCGGAUUCUGGAAAUAGAGCAAGACGUCUUGGACCAGAAGGGAAUUCUCGCAUCUCUCGAGCAGGAAUACAUCGACUUUGGCGACUUUCCUCCUACUUCGAUGGAAGAGUCGCAAGAUCGAUUCGAGGUUCAACAGGAACGCGAUAGGGCUUUGAAGUUGCUGAGUGAACUAGAAUUUCAGUUGAGCCACUAUAUUAUCAAUAUUCGAAAUCGAGAUGUUUCAAGCUAUCUCCAGAGCCUAUACAACAGUGAUCUGAGAGAGGGAAACCUCAAGACAUUCUGCAUUAGCAAUACCAUAUACUGGCAAGAGCGUGAUAAGCCGACCCAAAAGGCCCUUCCCUUUCUUAACCUCAGCGGCAUUAUUGAACUGCGGCGCUAUUGUAUCGGCAUAGUCGCCGAAAGUCAUCUCAAAGAGACGAUUAACUACAUGAAACAUGAGAUUCCAACACUACUAAAUUCGGUUCAAAUUUGGAUUGAUGCUAGUUUGGGGGACGCCAAUGCAGAAAGAAAGCAAGAAAUCCUAAACACCGUGUCUGCUAUUCAGCGGGAAUUGGACGACUUUGUUUCUCCUGUCUCUCGAAUCAAUGAUAUCUCACGCGAAUUAGUAGCGAAAUUCGAGAACCAGGUUGGGCAGUACAUGAGAGAUCGAGCGCAGCAGUGGAGUGCUAGCGCGGGGCAAACAAGCUUGCUCUGGGAGUCGUUCCAUCACAGUUCAUAUGCUGCGUUUUGCCGGCAUGACGGAACGUACAAAAUAGGUGUACAAGGGGAUCGAUGUUGGAAUGAAGAAGCCAUGAGUUCAAUGAAGGAUGCUAUGGAAGGAGUAUGGAACGCAUUUGAUGGCGAUGUCAAGUCAUACCUCAAUCAACAGUAUAAAUCGGUCGAUGAGGUAUUCAGGAAUGUUCUCAGGGUUAUACGUGCUAGUGCGAAUUCUGAUCGCAACCUGCAAGCUGUGCUGAAUUCUCUGACCUCAGCACUUAUCCAUCACCAAAGCCUGCUGUUAUAUGAUAUCGAAAACAUUCUCGAGGAUUUUGAAGAAGAGAUGUUUACUGUCCAAACUGAUUCCCUAUCGCCUAUCCGUACUUCAAUUGUGGGACAAAUCAUGGCAGAAACUUACGGAAAAGCGAAGGUGGAAUAUGGGAGGAGCAGCCAUCUCCGCCAGAAAAAAAUAAUUGGAUCCGGCUUCCACUCGCGAACCUUGUUCAACAACCAUCGCAGACUUUUUAAGGCGCAGUUCCUCGCCAUCUCUAAUACACUACAGCAGACAAUAAAGGAUAUAGUUUUCAAACAGUUCGCCCUGAUUGGAGAUGAUCUGGCCACGUUAAGAAAUGAAAAUGCAGUCCAGGAAAGUGUGACAAAUCCCGAAUUUCGGAUAGGUCUUGAAAUAGAAGUUGCUAGAGCGAGAGAAGAUCUGAGAAAAGCGGGGACAGCUAUUCGUGAUCUUAUAGGAGAUGGUUCGGUGUUGGAGGCUGCGCUGAUGGAAGAGUGA